CGCCUCGCCCAGGCAGCGAAGACGCCGCGGGGCUCCCCCCGGCCAUGUCGCGCGACCCGGACCCUGCCCGCCGCCGGAGGUCCACGCAGGACGCGUACGAUUUCCCCAAAGAAUUGGAACACAAGAGUGACCCUCACCGAAGAGGCUCUCUCUGCGACAGACACUGUGCUGCCAUUAACAACAUCCAUGGAGACCCAGGGGACAUGCAUUCGGAGUCCCACCGCCUAAGCCAUGGGAUCCUGACGCCCAGGAUACUGCCAGCGCUUUCCAGUCCAGGCUGCUGCCUGCAUCACUCCGAGGAGGUGCAGACGUGUGACAGGUGCCUGCUGAAGAUGACGCUGAAUGCCGAGAACGAGGUGGAAGCCCACAGGCUUUCCAACAAUUACAAGUUUGGCUUUAAGAAAUGGAAGAGCCACGUCACAGCUCGACGUUGGGAGGAUCGGUCAGAGAUAGUCAAAGAGCUCUACUCGGACUUGACUGUAAUCAAAAGCCCCACAGGUUCCAUGCUGACAUGUGGCAACCUCUUCUACCUCCUCCUCUUUGGAUGGUGGCUCUCACUGCUCUACGUCUUGGUCUCCCUCCUGAUGUUCCUCACCAUGCUGGGAACUCCAUAUGGAAAGCUGUGCUUGAAACUUGCUGGAUACUUUAUUUGGCCUUUUGGGAAAGUAAUUCAGAAGACGAAAACAUACAGUCGAGAUUGUGCAAUGAAGUUCAGCAAGAACCACACCAUCCCUGAGGUGAACGAGGUGACCACCCCCUUGCUCACCCGGCAGGACUGGAGCAAGCCAGGCAGCUCGGCUUACUGGCAACGCAUCAGCACAUUCAUCUGGCUCCUGACCGGCUUCCCACUUCUGGUCCUCGCCCAUGCUCUGGUUUGCUUCGUCUGUUGGCUUCUCGUCUUCUUCAUCCCCAUUGCCAAGAUGAGCCUGCGCACCAUCACCACGGUUUUGCCCCUUCCUCCGGAGCGCGUCCAUAUUCAGCGUCUGCGGAAGACUGAAGUACCCUUAGAUGCAGAAGUGGUCCUUUGCUGUUACCGGGCCGUCAAUGCAUACUAUUACAAAUACGCUGUCGAUGGGAUCAAUGUUUUCGCUGUCAAUCUCCUUCCAUUGGUCAUUGUGACUCUUGUGUUGGGCUAUGCCGAUAAACACAACUACUACACCAGCUCCAUGACAAAGUUCACCCUGGCUUUACUCUCCAUUAUGCCUCUCUCCUACUACAUAGGCAUGGCCAUUGCCAGCAUCUCGGCACAAAGCAACUUUGCGGUGGGGGCAGUGGUGAACGCCACUUUCGGCUCCAUCACGGAGCUCACGUUCUACAUCACUGCACUCAUCAAGGGGGCUCGCGAGAAGAACAAGUGCUAUGAGGAAAUUGUCAAGUCUGCUCUGACUGGGACACUCUUGGGUUGCGUCCUUUUUGUCCCGGGACUCUGCAUGGUGAUUGGUGGCAUCCGACAUCAGGAACAAAGAUUCAACAGCCGAUCGGCAGGGAUCAGCUCUGCCCUUCUGUUUCUAUCUGUGGGAGGUGUCUUUGCGCCAACUCUCUUCUCCAAAGUCUAUGGAAGGCUGGUCUGUGGGGAAUGCCAGAAUUUUACCCAUGAGCUACCUGGGCACUACAUCUGCCAGAGCUGUCACUUCGAUUUGAUGGAGAACAACGGGACUCUCUACUACAGCCAUAUUGAACCCCUGGUGUACACAGUGUCCCUGCUCCUCCCGGCGGCCUAUCUCAUCGGGCUCAUCUUCACCUUGAAGACGCACUCCCACAUCUACGACAUCCACAUCAGCGACUGCCACAUGCCUGGUCACCAUCACAGUGCAGUGGUCCACUGGUCCCGCUGGAGAGCCGUGGUCAUUCUUUUGGUGGCCACCCUCGGUAUGUCUGCCUGUGCCGACCUUGCCACCGAGCAUAUCAGCCCCAUUCUGAACAACUCCCCGGUCUCCCAGUACUUCAUUGGCGUGACUGUGCUAGCCAUGGUGCCAGAAAUCCCGGAGCUGAUCAACGGAAUCCAGUUUGCCUUGCAGAACAAUCUCAGCCUGAGCAUUGAGAUUGGGAACUGCAUUGCCGUCCAGGUCUGCAUGUUGCAGAUACCCAUCCUGGUGCUUUUCACCAUGUUUUACCCAACAGACUUCAUCCUGGUCUUCAGUGACCUCCAUGUCUACGCUAGCAUGUUCAGCGUGGUCCUCAUGAACUACAUCUUUAUGGAUGGCAAGUGCGACUACUUCCAAGGUACUGUGCUGGUGAUGGUCUAUUUUAUCCUCCUGGCUGUUUAUUAUUUUGCUCCUUCUCCUGCUGGCUGCUGAGUGAUCACGCCGUUGGGCUUCCAUAUUUCUUCCCCUUGGAAAGGCAGGAGCUUCCCACAAGCACUUCAAGAAAUGACUGUCUCAUCGGGAGGUGCUCAGGACAGACUUCAGCUUCCUUUUGCAUUUCUAUCCCAAGGCUGCCACUGACACU